UUACGAUCAAAUGACUUUACUCAUAAUUUUCCAUAGCACAUUUAAAAGCUACACUUUAUGCAAUAUAUAUCAUUGGCAACUGCCUUAGUUGGUGGUUGUAUUUUAUAUUUUAAGCAUAACAUUGACUCAAAAGCUCAAAGAUUGUUUCAAGAACAAGAAUUCUACAAACAAAGUGUUCAAAUAAUUAGACAGUAUAAACCUUUAGUAAAUAUUGUUGGUGAACCAAUUACUAUGAAAAAAAUUAAAAUAAUGGAUUUUGAAGAAAAUUAUGUUAAUUCUGAAUCUGCCAAAGUUACUAUACCAUUUAAAGCACCUAAACACAAUGGAUUUAUUAGAAUAGAGGCCAUAAAGUCUGAAAAUAAUUUAAAGCUGAAGAGUUUAAAUGUAAUGUUGGAUGGUCAUGAUAAGACAAUAAGUUUACUUCAUGUGCCAUAAAGGAAAUUAAUUAUAAAUUGUCAAGAGCACGCCGAUUGGUUGAAUGUACAUUUGGUAUAUUGACAUCUAAGUGGUGCAUUCUAGAUCGUAGUAUAGAUAUCAAUAAAUCCAACAUAACAAUAAUAAAAACAUGUUCCUUCUCAUAAUAUAAUUAUAUUUUAUAAAAUCUAAUGAUUUUAUUACCCAUAAUAAUAUACAUAUAUUUAAAAAGCAAAGAUAGAGGCAAAAUAUAUUAGGGAUACAUUCUCUUUACAUUUUGAAAAUAAUCCUCUACCACAGCAUAUUAUAUCUGAGUCAUUAUUUAUUGUAUAUAAAAUAUUCGUUAUUAUUAUAGUAUAUAUAUAUAUAUUGAAUUAUUAAUUAAAAAUAUAAAUAUUAUUCUUGUAUUUACCUUAAUUUAACAUCUAUACAUAUAUAUUUUUUAACUAUAUUUAAAAGAGAGGCUGAGUCUUAAAUAAUCUAGUAAUAUUAAAAAAUGUUUUUUUUAUCUAUAUUAAAAAUUUGUUUUAUUUAAAUAUAUUUUUUCUAAAUAUUUUUGCUUCUUAAAUGUUAGACUAGA